UCGUAAUUGAUUGGCUACCGUCGUCUAGUAGAGUUUUGAGCUGUAGGCGAGCGAGCCAAAGUACGUUUUUUAUAAACCACGCAUUGUCGAUGAACAAACCUAAACAAACACUUAACAGGAAUAUAAACAUUCACCUCAUGUGCUUUAACAACUUCGCUCUAUACAGUUUGUCCCCAUCGCUAUAAGCAUCCUGAGAUAUGGUCGAGCCAACGACACACAAGUUUGCGUCUUUAGAAGAGGAGUUGGGCUUCUGGAAGGAGCAGGCGAACAGACACCAGCAGAGGGCAGAUGAGGCUCAAGAGGAGCUGCAUGAGUUUCAGCAGAUGAGUCGAGACUAUGAAGCGGAGCUGGAAGCGGAACUCAAGCAGUGCGAGGCUCGGAACAAGGAACUGCUGCAAGACAACAACCGACUCCGAGUGGAGCUGGAAAACAUUAAGGAGAAAUUUGAGAGUCAACACUUGGAUACUUUUAAGCACAUUUCAACCCUUGAGGAAAAUCUAGCAGAGACCACAGCAGUCCGAGAUCACCUGCAGAAAUAUAUCAGAGAACUGGAACAGUCCAAUGAUGACCUCGAGAGGACCAAAAGGGCGACCAUCAUGUCCCUGGAAGACUUUGAGCAGAGGAUGAACCAGGUCAUUGAGAGGAACGCUUUUCUUGAAAGUGAGCUGGAUGAGAAAGAGAACCUGCUUGAGUCUGUUCAGAGACUCAAAGAUGAAGCCAGAGAUCUUCGUCAGGAGCUGGCUGUACGUCAGAAAGAAAGGCGGCCAUCCAGCAGCCUGGGCAAAGAUUCAGACCGACCAGACCCGCAGUGUCCCUCCAGCAGUAUCACCACUAUCCCCGUUACCCCCUCCAAACCGCUUUGCUCUUUUGCCACACCUCCUGCAUCCAGCAUCCGACGAGGUGACGGUCUAACAGGAACUCCACUCACAACAUCUGCUAGAAUAUCUGCACUGAACAUAGUCGGGGAGCUGCUGAGAAAAGUCGGAAAUCUGGAGUCCAAGCUGGCCUCGUGUCGAGACUUUGUGUACGACACGUCAGUUAGCCGGCCUGCACUGCCCGCCGCCCCUGGUAGUCCAUGUGGUCCAGACGCAGGUGCUGAAGUCCAAGCUGGCAGCAUAAGCCCCCCGCCUCCUCAGUACGACAGUUUAGUGAAGCGGUUAGAAUUUGGACCAGCACCCCCACGUGGUAUCUCCCAGGGGGCUCAGUCGCCACAGGGAGGAGUCAAGAUGCUGCUCUGAGGAAGAUGUGCCUGCAUCCGCUCACACCAACCCUCCACGCACCUCCUCACGGCAUCGCAACUUUCGGAACGGAGUCGUCUAUCCCAUGCUGAAAACCCACUGUCUUUCUGCUCCACACACCACAUGACUUGCGAGAUGGGACGCAGUGCAUAGAAUUGCAACGGAGGAGGUACGCGUCAAGCUUUAAAGCGGAGUCAUUUGUGACCAGAUGGACCAGAAACAAAAGUCCCAUGUAACAAGCGUUACAGACCCACAUUCAGGGUCCCAUUCAAAUUCAGUGGAACCUCGGUUAGCAUCAUUAAUACGUUCCAGAAGGUCCAAAACGGACGCUAAUCAAAUAAAUUUUUCCCCAUAACAAAUCAUGUAAAUCCAAUUAAUCUGUUCCAGAAAGCCCAAAAUGUUAACACAAAACACAUUUUAAUAGUUUUACAUGCAGGAAACCAUUGGAAAUACAUAUAAAUGAUGAAUGAAAUGGAUAAAUGAACAUUUAAGGCUACGUUUACCUUCAUUGAAAAUGUGAUUCUUGACCUGACUCUUCCCCAAAAACGCGAUGCGGCAGCACCUUCCUCUGCAACGCCUCCUUCCUGUUUCCCCAUGAGUUAUUUCUUGAAUCCAGCCGUGUGAGUCAGUGCCGGCGUUGUGAUAAAGAAGGUGAGAAACAACUCAUGACAAAACAGGAAAGUGUUGUCGGAGAGGAAGGUGUUGAUCUCGCUGCCACGCCGUGUCUUUGGCAACAGUCACGUCUUCAGUGAAGGUGAAAGUAACCUUAAAUGGUCAUUUAUCCCUUUCAUUUGUCAUUUAUAUGCAUGUUUAUGCUCAAGUCCAGUCCUGUGUGUAUUUUUACCGCUCCCCCUCCCCUCUAUUGUUGACAAGUCGCAUGGCGUGUGGGAGGAAUGAUUCUAUCAGCGGAGCAGGGCAGUGAUAGUAAUCUGCCACUGAAACUACUGUCAACCACUGAUGAUCAUCAUCGACGGCCGACUUUGAGCUAAAGAUGCUAACGGGGACAUUUGUAUAAAACGCAUUAAGAGCACAGUCGGACUCAUGCAGCGUAUUACUAACACAACAGCACGUGCAGCACACUGUACGCUCACCGGAAAAUGUACGAAAACCGAUGCAACACUGGCGUUCAUUUUCCACGUUAACCGGAAAGCACGCCAACUGAUGUUCCACCGCACUGUGCUGUGGCAAACCAAAGCUGCGAUAAAGGAAAUUAAUAAAAUUAAUUAAAACAUUGUCCCCUUCCAAUACGGUAGGAUUCUUUUUAAUCCUUGGAACUGUGCUGAGAGAUGUCGGGAUUAAUCACAACAUUUUUAAUCAUCAAGUGGCAGAGAUGAUUUUUUUAAUGUAUCUGAUGUGGUUCAUAUUGAAAAAUGGUGCUGCUGGGGAGGGGGGUUACCUUUAAACCAUUGCUGCCUUCAUCCACACGAUUACUUAGCUCUUUCACGGUUUAAUUUGUGCAUAACGCACGCCCUCCACUGAAUGUAAUAGUUGUGGUAACCGGGGUCUUGUACUGCGGAGCAAUAAUGUAGCCCAUCAGGUUCAAAAGAGUACAUUGGCUAACCCAUUUCCUGCCUUUUUUUUUUUAACCGGUCGGAGGGAUUGUAAAAUGGGAAUUAGAUGAAUGCUUUUAACGUUUUCCCUUUUUAAGAGGUGAAUUAUGGCGGCUAUGCAGCAAAGAUCAUCUGUGCUGUGAUGGCCUCUGUCAGUGCUUGUGUGAUGUACUACACCCCUCUUGGUUUGCGGUGUUUCUCCCUCGCCGACCUCCACUGAAUCAUUAAAAGGGCAAAACCACCAUUUUUUUGGUACUGAUGUUUUAUUUUGUGCAAGUGGUUCAACAAUUAGUAGAAGGAAAGUGUGCAACGUAAACAUCCGUCGGUAAUACAAUUAUUGAAGAGUGGAGUGUGAUGACAGGGGCACGCUUUAGUCAACAAAUAGUUCCAAAUUGUUCAUGGAGUAACCCAAAACUCUUGAUGAAUAAUCUUUUUAUAUAUAUAUGGGCAAAAAGUAUAAAACAGUGACCAUACAAAAAUGCCAUAGCUGACUAGUAGUUAGGAUACAAAAAGCAGACUGGGUGUAGAAUAAUCUACAUUUCCAACCUAUUAAACACUGCUCUAAAACAUUAACAGCAGUCACAGGCAAGACAAGACAAGAGUAGCUGAUAGUAGUUCCACUUUUACACUUCAAGGUGACAUACCAUCCACACUUGACGUACAAUUUUGGCUCUGCUGGCGGGUUGGCACGGUAAUUAAUACUACAUUCGGUGCAACACAAAAUGGCGUCAAUAACAGCAAAUCACACAGCUUGGUUGGUUUUUUUUAAGUCAUUCUUAUUCAGACUGGUGGGUCGCGACCCAAAAGUGGUUUGAAGGGCAUGGAGUGUGAUUUUUUUUUUUUACAUGAAGUUGUAGGACAUGGCCAUAAGCGUCCACAUGCUGGGACAAAGACCGUAGUUCCGCUAGUUGCUGGGGCAAUAGACAUACACAUCGCAUUGACCGCCGAGCGGUACGUUAACGUCGACGCCAUAUUGGAUGUGUCAAGUCUGCGCUUGGAAUUGAAUACCACCGAAAACCUGAAUCGUUUUGGUGCCUCACUGUUUCCUAUUAAUUUACAACGCAGCCGUGACACCUACAAUAUGUCCGCGACGUUGACGUGUAUCGCAGCAGUGAACAAACCUACUCGAUGCGGCAUCUAUCUGUCUAUGGUUGCGGCCACUUAAGUAAAGAGUGAAGUGCAAAUGAAUUGCUAUUACAUAUAUUCACCACAAGAGUGUGCUACUCACGAACUACACCGACUCAUGUU